AUGCCUUUGUUUCAAACUCGUUACGUAACAAUACGAGUACAUGCUAAUGACCUGCAUCGUUCCGAUCGUCGAGCAGCUGGUACGGUGAUUGGUUUCAAAUUCGAAUUGAAAUCUACCGAUCCAAACAUUAUAAAGAUGGAGAAAAUCAUCUCGACGCAAAGAAAACCGACAAAUAACACUGAUUUUCAUACUGUUUUGAUUGAAGAUUUAUAUAUAUUUCCCACUAAGAAUGGUCUUAGUCAUAUUUUUAAUGCUUAUCCGUCACCGACGUUACUUCAGGUUAAACAGAAUUCCACCGAGAAUUCUCAAAUUAUUUCAGAAUGGUUAAUGAAAGGUGAAAUGAUCGGUGUAACUAACUUAACGUUUCAUGUCGACGUGUUCUACGAUGAUGAUUCAAUCGCGUCACAUAGUCAAGUUUUGAAUCUUCUUGUGUCAACACCAAAACGUCGUAUUGAUACGAUCUUUUUUAUCACCAUUCCAUUCAUGGUUACAGGAAUAUCGAUAUUAAUGGGAAUCUUACUCGAUACAAAUACUAUAUUAAAUAUUCUUAAAAAACCGGUGCCUCUUCUUGUCGGUUUCGUUGCUCAGUAUGGUUUGAUGCCAUUUUUAGCCAUGGCAAUUGCGAAACUUUUUCACUAUACACCGUUGCAUAGUCUUGCACUGUUUGUUAUCGGUUGUUGUCCAGGCAGUGGUGCGUCUAAUCAAUGGACAGUUAUCUUCGAUGGUGAUGUGAAUUUGUCAGCUGUGUUAUCCUUUGUUUCGACUGCGACAUCAUUUAUUAUGAUGCCUCUCUAUUUCUACACACUUGGUCGUUUAUACACGAAUGAACUUUCAAUAAACGUUCCGUAUCUUGUUCUCACGCGCACCCUGGCCAUGGUCGUUAUUCCUUACAGUAUCGGCAUUGCUAUCAGUCAUUUUGCUCCUCGAACCCGCCCAAUUGUUCAAAACUAUGUUAAACCAUUGAUGAUAUGCAUCAUGAUAUUCUUUCUCGCAUUCGGCUGCUUUGUCUACUGGCAUCUAUUUCGCAUGAUUGAUCUCUAUACAAUCUUAACAGCACCAUUGUUACCAUUCUUAGGUUUCAUCUUCGGUGGUAUAUUUGCAUGGAUGAGUCGAUUGAAUUGGGCACAGAUCAAGACAAUAGGAAUUGAAGCUGGUAUUCAAAACACAGGCAUUGCAUUCAUGGUGAUGUUGUACUCAUUUCCUCAACCAUAUGCAACUCAGGCGAUGGUUGUGCCAAUGAUUGUCGCAUUUUUGUCAACGAAACCGUUUUGGAUUGCUUUGAUCAUACGAAACCAAAUACGUAAAUAUAAACAACGCCAGCAAUUAGCUAGAACACCGUCGCAUACCACGGGAAAACUAAUCGCUACUGACAAUGAACAAGCUGGAAAUAACGCUAGUGCAGAGAGCAUACAGAAACUAUAG